GAUCGACGGAGUCUGAAGUCGUCUAAUACAGCUCCGGGGUUGUAGAAACGUUGUGCUGCUGCGGGUGGAGACGCGUCAGCCUGGGCCGCCAGCAAAGUUCUGCGACGCUAGUCGGACACCAUGGCGGAGGACCGGAAUCCAGCCAGCGACCAGAUGAAGAUUUGGAAGGAGCAGCGGGCUGCGCAGAAACCUGAUGUCCUCACCACUGGGUCCGGUAAUCCAAUAGGAGACAAACUUAAUACUAUGACAGUCGGGCCUCGUGGGCCCCUUGUUGUUCAGGAUGUGGUUUUCAUUGAUGAAAUGGCUCAUUUUGACCGGGAAAGAAUUCCUGAGAGAGUCGUGCAUGCUAAAGGAGCAGGGGCUUUUGGCUACUUUGAGGUCACGCACAACAUUACCAACUACACCAAGGCAAGGGUGUUUGAGCACAUUGGAAAGAGGACUCCCAUUGCAGUUCGCUUCUCCACUGUUGCUGGAGAAUCAGGCUCUGCGGACACAGUUCGUGACCCUCGUGGGUUUGCAGUGAAAUUUUACACAGAGGAUGGUAAUUGGGAUCUUGUUGGGAAUAACACCCCCAUUUUCUUCAUCAGGGAUGCCAUAUUGUUUCCGUCCUUUAUCCACAGCCAGAAGAGAAACCCUCAAACACACCUGAAGGAUCCGGACAUGGUCUGGGAUUUCUGGAGCCUGCGUCCCGAGUCUCUGCAUCAGGUGUCCUUCCUGUUCAGUGAUCGAGGGAUUCCAGAUGGACACAGGCACAUGAAUGGAUAUGGAUCCCAUACUUUCAAGCUGGUUAAUGCAAAUGGAGAGGCAGUUUAUUGCAAAUUCCAUUAUAAGACUGACCAGGGCAUCAAAAACCUUUCGGUUGAAGAGGCAGCAAAACUUGCCCAGGAAGAUCCCGACUAUGGCCUCCGGGAUCUGUUUAAUGCCAUUGCCACGGGCAACUUCCCCUCCUGGACUUUUUACAUCCAAGUCAUGACCUUUAAACAGGCAGAAACAGCUCCAUUUAAUCCCUUUGAUGUUACCAAGAUUUGGCCUCACAAGGACUAUCCUCUUAUCCCAGUUGGUAAAAUGGUCCUGAAUCGGAAUCCAGUGAAUUACUUUGCUGAAGUCGAACAGUUGGCCUUUGACCCAAGCAACAUGCCCCCAGGCAUUGAACCCAGCCCUGACAAAAUGCUUCAGGGUCGCCUUUUUUCCUAUCCUGACACUCACCGCCACCGCCUGGGACCUAACUAUCUUCAGAUACCUGUAAACUGUCCCUACCGUGCUCGAGUGGCCAACUACCAGCGUGACGGCCCCAUGUGCAUGUUCGACAACCAGGGUGGUGCUCCCAAUUACUACCCCAACAGCUUCAGUGCUCCCGAGCAGCAGCAGAAGUAUGCCCUGGAACAUAGCGUCUACCAUUCUGGGGACGUGCGGCGCUACAACAGUGCCGGUGAUGAUAAUGUCUCUCAGGUGCGGGCAUUCUAUACGAACGUACUGAAUGAAGAACAGAGGAGACGCCUGUGUGAGAACAUUGCCGGCCAUCUGAAAGACGCACAACUUUUCAUCCAGAAGAAAGCGGUCAAGAACUUCUCUGAUGUCCAUCCUGACUACGGGGCCCGCAUCCAAGCUCUCCUGGACAAAUACAACGCCGAGAAACCCAAGAACACGAUUCACACCUUUGUACAGCAUGGCUCUCACCUGGCUGCAAAGGAGAAAGCUAACCUGUGAGGGUCGGAGCCCGGGGCUGGCGCCUAUGCAACAAAGCACAGUGUCCACAUGCGCAGUCCACUCACCGCGGGAUAGAAGAUUCUACUGUGCGAGAUGCGCCAGUGUAAGCAUUUGUCUUUAGAAUGAUAACCCAGAUUUCUGUAACAAAUAAUCUAAUAAUGGCUUUUAAUCUGUUUCCCUAGGGGAAAGAUGAAGGCUAAGGCUUAACAGUCACUUAAAAGAAACAUGUAAUUGCUUUCAGUAGUUGGUUUGAUUAUUCAUUUAAAAUGACUUGAAUGAAAGUUUCUAGCAGAAAUAUAAUUUAAUUCAAUAAGAAAAAAUCUUGAUGGAAUUAGUAUGUUUGCAUAUCAUCUCAUGGCCGGUUAUAUAAAAAUAUGGUUGUAGUUAUCUAAGAAGAAAAGAUAAAGAUAAUCCUCCCAGAAACUUUAAUUUUCCUAAGUUCUCUAUAGGAAACACACAUUUAAUUGCCUUAGCAUCUUUUGAAACUAACUUCAGUACCAUUACAGCCUUAAUGCUUAUUUCUUCUGCUCGGAAUGGAACCAAUUAUUUUUUUUUAACUUGGAAUUCAUUUAUGCCAAUACAACAUUGAUUUUACAACAGACUGAUGUGUAAUUAUUACAUUUUUGCAAUAAAAUAAUCUAUACAUAAGAA